GUGCGCGCGCCCCGCGCCUCCAGCCCAGCGCUCGGAGCCGCUUUCGCUGCCGCUGUCUGCUCCCCGGGGCCGCCGCCGCCGCCGCCCCCAGGCCGGGGGCUCUGUCCGCUGGGCUCGCGCCGCUCGCCCGGGCCAGGAGGACGAGCUCGAGGAGGAUGCCUGGGCCCGUCCCGCGCGGCCCCGGGUGAGGCACGCCCGCGCGCCCGCCGGCGCCAUGGGAAGCAGCGGGCCCCGCGGCUGUGCCCCGCCGGCGCGCGCACCACGUGAGCCCAGCCGCGGGCAGCCCCCGGCCGCAGGUCCCCGAGCGACGCUGGCGGCACCUGGGAGCGUGGCGCGGGCCCGGGGCCGCGCGGAGGAGCCCAGCGUCCAGUGAGGCGGCCGAGGACCCGCCGCCGCGCCGCCGCCAUGGUGAUGUCCCAGGGCACCUACACGUUCCUCACGUGCUUCGCCGGCUUCUGGCUCAUCUGGGGGCUCAUCGUCCUGCUGUGCUGCUUCUGCAGCUUCCUGCGCCGCCGCCUCAAACGGCGCCAGGAGGAGCGCCUGCGCGAGCAGAACCUGCGCGCCCUGGAGCUGGAGCCCCUCGACCUGGAGGGCAGCCUGGCCGGGAGCCCCCCGGGCCUGGCGCCGCCGCCGCCGCCGCACCGCAGCCGCCUGGAGGCGCCGGCGCACGCGCACCCGCACGUGCACGUGCACCCGCUGCUGCACCACGGGCCCGCGCAGCCGCACGCGCACGCGCACCACCACGCGCUCCCGCACCCGCCGCCGCCGCACCUCUCCGUGCCGCCGCGGCCCUGGAGCUACCCGCGCCAAACGGAGUCGGACAUGUCCAAGCCGCCGUGUUACGAGGAGGCGGUGCUGAUGGCCGAGCCGCCGCCGCCCUACAGCGAGGUGCUCACGGACACGCGCGGCCUCUACCGCAAGAUCGUCACGCCGUUUCUGAGCCGCCGCGACAGCGCGGAGAAGCAGGAGCAGCCGCCGCCCAGCUACAAGCCGCUCUUCCUGGACCGGGGCUACACCUCGGCGCUGCACCUGCCCAGCGCCCCGCGGCCCGCGCCGCCCUGCCCCGCCCUGUGUCUGCAGGCCGAGCGCGCCCGCCGCGUCUUCCCCAGCUGGACCGACUCGGAGCUCGGCAGCCGCGAGCCCCUGGAGCACGGAGCUUGGCGCCUGCCGGUCUCCAUCCCCUUGUUCGGGAGGACUACAGCCGUAUAGAGGGGCGCCCGGCGCCCGGGCCCCGCCGGCGCACUCCUGGCCUGACUGCGGGGCUUUUUAAAUGCUUCCCUUGGACUGCGGGGAGGGGCGGGGGGAGGGAGGGAUUUCUUACCCCGUUUGUUACAUUUUGAGGAUAAUAAAGGUGUGUGAUCUGGUUUGGUACAA